GCACCUGGGAAGCGUGGACAGAAGUCCAAGACAGAGAUGCUGCUGCUGAAACUGUCUCAGGACCUGGAGUGCCCGACCCCAGAGCCCAUCUGUGGCCCCAAGAGGCGAGCAGCUAAAGUGGCUUUGCUGUACCUGCAGGAGCUGGCAGAGGAGCUGACAUCAGUGUACCAGCCUCCGGGUCCCACCGAGGGUGCCCAGGAGCCACAGCCAGAGCUUGAGAAUAUCCAGAAGAAGCGUCGGAGCCGGAGGAGGAAGGAGGAUGAAACAGAUAGUGAUGACCCUGCACGAGAUGCUGACUUUGUGCCCUCAAAGGAGAUCUUGCUGCAGGCUGAGGAGGAGGAAGGGAGUGAAGAACCACUUAGUGAAGUGUCAGAGCCAGAGCUGGAGGUGUUCCGAGGACACAGUGGGAAGACAUCAUCUGCAGGGAGAUCCAAGCCCCAGUGCCGAGGCCUUGCUCCCAACGGCUUCCACAACUCCAUCAUGGCCCCAGUGGAGAAGUGCUCCAGCCUCACCUGCAGUGUGCGUGAUCAGAAGUACUCACAGUGGGAGUUUCCUGACUGGAUACCUUUGGCACACAAGUGGACAUGUCUCUCUGAAAGUGAAGCUGCUCCAUACCUGCCAGCAGAGGAGAAGUCUCCAUUCUUCUCCAUCCAGCGGGAGGGCAUCGAAGACGACGGUGUCUUGUACAGGGUAAACAGGUUCAGCUCACUGCAGCCCCAUGAGGAGCGCCUGGACGUGUCCUUCUUCGUGGGUGGCCCUGUGUGGGCCAUGGAGUGGUGCCCAUCACCGGAGGGCUCAGCGACCUCUCAGUACGUGGCUGUCUACUGCCACAGGAGCAUGGAGGAGACGCACAGCGUGGCUGGGCUCCAUGAGGGCCCUGCGCUUCUGCAGCUCUGGGGCCUGGGCACACUGCAGCCAGAGCAGGGCUCUGCCAACAAAGCUGGGCUGGCUUACGCCAUUGCUGCUGAUCAUGGCUGCGUCUGGGACAUGAAGUUCUGCCCUAGCGGUGCCUGGGAGCUGCCCACCACUGCCAGGAAGCACCCACAGAUGAGCCGGCUGGGCCUGCUGGCCGUGGCUUUCUCAGAUGGCAAAGUGGUGCUGUACUCCCUCCCGCACCCCGGGGCCCUUCAGCGCUCCAAGAGAAUCCAGGUAAAAGAUGGGUCCUUCCACAAGCACAUUAUCUGCAAGGUGCAGUGUAUUGCCACGCUCCAGGUGGGCUCUAUCCAGGCAGGGAAUGUGUCUGAGUGCGGCCAGUGCUUUAGCCUUUCGUGGAUGCCAUCCAAGCCCCAUCAUUACCUUGCAGCUGGUUUUUAUGAUGGCACUGUGGCUGUCUGGAACCUGCUCACCAAGUCCCUGCUGCAGUGUGUGCACCAGCCCGAUGGCUCCCUCAAGCUCUACCCUUUCCAGUGCUUUCUAGCCCAUGACCACGCAGUCCGGAGCAUUGAGUGGUGCAAGGCUGACAGCAACUUCCUGGUCACGGCAGGGAGCGACCGUAAGAUCAAGUUCUGGGACCUGCGGCGGCUCUAUGAGCCCAUCAACAGCAUCAAGCGGUUCCUCAGCACCGAGGUGGCCUGGCUGCUGCCCUACAACGGGGUCACUGUGGCCCAAGACAACUGCUAUGCCUCUUACGGUCUCUGUGGGAUUCACUACAUCGAUGCAGGGUACUUGGGCUUCAAGGCUUAUUUUGUGGCACCUCGCAAGGGGACUGUGUGGAGCAUAUCUGGCUCUGACUGGCUGAACACAGUGGCUGCAGGAGACAUCACCGGUGAGCUGGUGGCUGCAGUGCUGCCUGACCUGGCCAUCAAUCCCCUCAACGUCAAGCGGUCUUCAGACCGUAGAUUUCCUGUCUACAAAGCUGACCUGCUGCCCUGCGGGCCCAACGGGUCAGGGGGUGGUGAGCAGGCGCUGCCACUGACCAGGCGCUACAGCGAGAUGGUGACCAAGAGCUACUUUUUUUCAGACCGUCGCAACUUCAAGAACUUCCCCAGCCGGGAGCCCAUGCGCAGGAUGGAGGUGAAGGCAGAACUGAGCCUCGACCGCCUGCAGCUAGAGUCCCUGCACAAGGUGCGCUUCAGCCCCAACCUGGACUCGCAUGGGUGGCUGGUGUCAGGGGGGCAG